AUGGUACAGGAUGAUGGGAUCACUGACAUGAGUGUCAUACGAAGGCAUUACCUAAACAAUGAAUGUUUCACAACUAAAGAACUUUUAUGGGUAAAAGAGACUCCUAGGGAAUACCGAUCAAAGAAGGAUCGAAUACAAACCAUCUCGAUCCUUGCUAGGGAUUGGAAUAGGAACAGAGGAGAAUAUGCAUUUCUAAAGGAUAUCGUCACUUCAGAACAAUCACUAAAGGUUAAUAACAUGGUGAACAUUACUAUGAAUCACCUAGGACAUUUUUACUUGUGUGUUUCCGUUCCUCUAGACAUUAUCGAUAACCAAGAUGAU